AUGCCGACGGUCUCUCAGUGGUGGGAAUACUUCCGGAAGGGCACGCAGCACUACAAGAAUGACACCGUCCACUGGGAUGCAUGGUGCAAUUCGUGCCUCAAGCACCGUACAAAUGAAAUUGUACAGUUUCAGAGGGUGACUAGUCAAAGCUCGGGAUCUGCGGGAGUAGUGAUGAGCUAUGAAGAUGCCGAGGCAUGCGUCAUGGCCGACAAGACAGCUUCAUUUUAUAUGCCAGGCAAGAUAGAUAGAAUGGUCCGACACCUCUCCUCGUGUCCCAAUGUCCCCGACUCUGUCAGGCAAGCAGCGGCUCUCGAAAGGUUCCAGUCCAAGUCUCGAGGGAAGGAGAACCGGCCGCCCACUCCAAUAAUCCCACCAUGA